AAGAAGAUGCUUACUUCUGAAUUUGAACGACAUCGUCUAUUGGAAUUUGCGUUUAGCGAAAUGAUUUCUGCGUUUAUUUGCAAAGAAAAUGCCGUCACAUAAAACGACUAUUUGUUUGCUUCCAUCACCAAGCUCGCAGGAGGAUUCUCCAAGCAAGCUUCAAUUUUAUUUUAUGCAUCUACAUGUUCACGUUGGGAAUAACUGCAGGAAUACUCACCAUUCUUUAAUUCUGUGUGAAGAACAGAUUGAUGAAGAUGAUGCAUGCACGAUGGAGGUUCGAUUAUAUGAAUUAGCAACGGUCGGUGACAAUGUAGAUGCAUUUAUCGAUGAACUAGAAGUCAUUUUAUCAAAAAGUUAUCAACAAUCCUUGAAGUCAAUUGUUUUCGAUCAAGUAAGCCCAUCAGGGAAUUCUUUGCUUCAUGUUGCAGUAGCCGCUGGAAGCGAAAAUAUCACACGAAUCCUUGUUACUCACUUAUCUUACUUAAUCACGAAAACAAAUUUCGAGGGUGAUACUGCACUUCAUGUAGCUGCCAGAGCUGGAAUGCUAAACACAUUGCAAAUCCUUGUCCAUGAUUUUAGUGCACCUGAGAAAGAAAGUUUGCUGAGAAAAAGAAAUAAUAAAGGAAACACUGCUUUACAUGAAGCAGUUUCCAAUGACCGCAAAGAUGUGGCUAGUUUUCUGCUUUCACUUGACUCUGAACUGGCUUAUCAUCAGAAUUAUGAAGUUGUUUCCCAAGAUAUAAAGAAAAACAUCGAGAAAGGUAAGUCUCCAUUAUAUCUUGCAGUGGAGAAAGGCCUGCAGCAAAUGGUUGGCAUUAUUUUGACAGCAAUAACCCAACAUAGAAAUGCACUUAAUAGGCUAGAAGGAAGCUCUCCUGCGCAUGCUGCUAUCAAGACAAAAAAUUUGGUCAUAUUGGAACAAAUAGCAAAUGCAAUGCCAGAGCUAACUCGUGCUAAAGAAACUGGGGGGAAUAAUGUGUUCCAUUUAGCAUCAAGUGUAGGUUUUCUUCAUGGAGUUAAGUUGCUGAUAAAAAAGAAAUUUAAAGAUUUGGCAAUUGAAAGAAAUGAAGAAGGUGCCUUCCCUAUUCAUUUUGCCUGCAAAAUGGGUCAUUUAAAAAUUGUGAACGAGUUGCUUAAUGAGUGGCCCAAUCCAAUGGAGUUUGUCGAUAACAAAGGGCGAAAUAUCCUUCAUGUUGCAGCUGAGCAUGGACGAGAAAAUGUUCUAAAAUAUCUACUUAAACGUCCUGAGCUUAAAGAACUCAGAAAUGAGAAAGAUAAAGAGGGAAAUACACCUCUACAUUUGGCUGCAAAGCACGGAAGCCCUUUGUCUGUGUUCGCACUUGUUUUGAACAAAAAUGUUCAUACAGAUAUUGUCAACCAUGAAAACUUGACUCCAUUUGGUAUAGCUGAGACACAGUCUAUUCAACUGGAGGAGGAAAAUUUCAACAGACCAACUCCACACUAUACGAACAAGAAACUUGUUCCAGAUGACACGAUUGAUGAUGAAGGGACGGUGCAGUCAAAAAGCUUUUAUAAACAGUUAGAUUUUUUUGGAGUGAUGAUGACAUUUUCAAUCUUAUAUUUCCAUAGAAGACCUAAAAUUGAAAGAACAUUAAUAGAGAAUAUGCGCAUUCCUGGAAAGAUAUUGUCUAAAGAUGAAGUCAGGAGCAGGAUAGAGAUUCUUCUGGUGGCAGCAGUACUUGUCGCCGGUGCUGCCUUUAAUGCAGCUUGCCAGGUUCCUGGUGGUAAUUCUAGCAACUCAGACAGUGAAAAUACUCUUAUGGAAGUACUACACUAUUUCUAUUUCCUUUUAGAUUCAAUAGCACUGAAUUUCUCUGUGGCUGCAGCAAUAAUCUUGUGUUGGGUACAAUUAUAUGAUGUGAAAAUUGCAAGCCAUGCUGUUUGGUUAGCUUCAAUAAUGGUUGGUAGUUCUAUUUACUUCUUGUUCGUAACAUUCUUGUUUGCUUUGUUGAUAGACGUUUAUAAAGGGCAAAUCACUGCCCUUUUCAUAGCUUCCAUUGCAAUGGAAGGUGCCUUUGCAGUAUUUUUCUUGCUUCUUUGCAUACCAUUGGUUAUUCCACCAGAAGUCAACAAAACUGUCGAAAAGUAUGUCUCUCCUGUUAUCUAUUACUACCUUUUUCUCUAUCAUUUUGUUCUUCAAAAGGGGCUUGGUUACUGGGUUUCCUAAGUAAACAGAUGUCUUCUAGUUAAAUAAAUGUGAAAUACGGAUAUUUGGUUUGUUGCCAAAUAACAUAUCUUGGAUUAUGAGUGUUUCUGUUUGUAAUAAUUUGGGUUCAUGAAUUGUAAUAAUUAUAUUAUAAUUUUGUUAUCUACCUAAUUAGUUAUUUGAAUAA